AGAUCGGCAAUGCCUGCUGGGAACUCUACUGCCUGGAACAUGGCAUCCAGCCUGACGGCCAGAUGCCAAGUGACAAUACCAUUGAGGGAGGAGACGACUCCUUCAACACCUUCUUCAGUGAGACAGGCGCUGGCAAGCACGUGCCCCGGGCAGUGUUUGUAGACCUGGAGCCCACGGUUAUUGAUGAGGUUCGCACUGGUACCUACCGCCAGCUCUUCCACCCUGAGCAGCUCAUCACAGGCAAGGAAGAUGCUGCCAAUAACUAUGACCGUGGCCACUACACCAUUGGCAAGGAGAUCAUCGACCUCGUCUUGGACAGAAUUCGCAAGCUGGCCGACCAGUGCACAGGUCUUCAGGGCUUCUUGGUCUUCCACAGCUUUGGCGGGGGAACUGGCUCUGGGUUCACCUCCCUGCUGAUGGAGAGGCUCUCUGUUGAUUACGGAAAGAAGUCCAAGCUGGAGUUCUCCAUCUACCCAGCCCCCCAGGUUUCCACCGCUGUGGUUGAGCCCUACAACUCCAUCCUCACCACCCACACCACCCUGGAGCACUCUGAUUGUGCCUUCAUGGUGGACAACGAGGCCAUCUAUGACAUCUGUCGUAGAAACCUCGACAUUGAGCACCCCACCUACACUAACCUAAAUAGGUUGAUAGGUCAAAUUGUGUCCUCCAUCACUGCUUCCCUCAGAUUUGAUGGAGCCCUGAAUGUUGACCUGACAGAAUUCCAGACCAACCUGGUGCCCUACCCUCGCAUCCACUUCCCUCUGGCCACAUAUGCCCCUGUCAUCUCUGCUGAGAAAGCCUACCAUGAGCAGCUUUCUGUAACAGAAAUCACCAAUGCCUGCUUUGAGCCAGACAACCAGAUGGUGAAAUGUGACCCUCGCCACGGUAAAUACAUGGCUUGCUGCCUGCUGUACCGUGGUGACGUGGUUCCCAAAGAUGUCAAUGCUGCCAUUGCCACCAUCAAGACCAAGCAUACCAUCCAAUUUGUGGACUGGUGCCCCACUGGCUUCAAGGUUGGCAUUAAUUACCAGCCUCCCACUGUGGUACCUGGUGGAGACCUGGCCAAGGUCCAGAGAGCUGUGUGCAUGCUGAGCAACACCACAGCCAUCGCUGAGGCCUGGGCCCGCCUAGAUCACAAGUUUGAUCUGAUGUAUGCCAAGCGUGCCUUUGUGCACUGGUAUGUGGGUGAGGGCAUGGAGGAGGGGGAGUUCUCUGAGGCCCGUGAAGACAUGGCUGCCCUGGAGAAGGAUUAUGAGGAGGUUAGUGUGGAUUCUGUUGAAGGAGAGCGUGAGGAAGAAGGAGAGGAAUACUAAAUUAAAUGUCACAAAGGUGCUGCUUUUACAGGGAAGUUUAUUGUGUUCCAACAUAAAAAAUGUGGUCUGAUCAGCUAAUCUGUAUGUGGCAAUGUGUGCUUUCAUACAGUUACUGACUUAUGCUUUAAAAUGAAGGAUUUGUCAUAGACCCAAGCCAUCCAUUUCACUGAUAGAUUUUAAAUAAAAUACUCCC